CACCAUGUUCCGUCAAACUUUGACCAAGGUCCCGUCCCGCGACCUCCGCCUCUAUCCAUCCUCUAGCCGAGCCUUCUCGACGAGUCUCCGUGCCAUGGCUGCGGGAGAUACCGGUUCGCCGAACAAGCUAGGUAGCCUGGGUGCAAAUGACGCAUUCCAAAAGCGCGAAAAGGCUAACGAGGACUUCGCCAUCCGUCAGCGUGAGAAGCAAAAGCUCCUCGAGCUGCGCCAGAAGCUGCGCGAGCAACAGGAGCACCUCCAGAGACUCACCGACCACAUUGACGAGCUGACCAAAGAGCAAGGCGGCGAGCACAACUAGAGAUAAUACUAGAAACUCAUAAGAGAAGGAAGUCCGAAACUCCGUGUUCAUUAAGGUGCCUAGCAUCGACACUCGAGUUUUUGCCCGGUCACUAGAAAACCCAGAUUUGUCCUUCGGCCGUCGCAUUUUUGCCAUGUCGUAAUGUACAUAAAUACAGCCAUUUCCAUGUGGGCGAUGAGCUUUCGUUGCUUUCUCGAGAAUCAACUCUCGUCUCUCAUCGCAGCGCACAUAUCAGUGUCUUCUUCAUCUUCAUGCGUGCCGUGAUAUCUGAAUCUAUGGUGUUAUGUGCAAUGUUGUCCUAUACUCCUAGACCAGACUUCCCCUGACAGAAAUCACUUCCUCUCAUUCCGGUUACCA